AUGAAAUAUACGUCAUAUCUGGCCAACAUCAAUGCGAUAAUUUCUCAUCGGGAGACGUCUAUUGCUGACAUAUUCCCAGUGAACGCUGUCGCAAAACAGCACAAUCGCAUCGUUUAUUCCUCGCAAGCUAUUCACCAUAUCGCCCAUCAGAUUGCCAGUCUCUAUUGGUCCUCGGUCAGUCAGGAUAUUAACAGCCAAGCUAAGCUUGGUAAAGGUGUGGAGAAGACAGCGGAUUUGUCCAAACACUUAAACAUCGUUAACUUGCCACUGGAUGUCGAGUAUCAAGGUGCCAGUGCAGAACAAAAUACAAGAUACCAAGACCUCCGGGAACGACUCGCAAGUCUGGAUCAGGAGCGCCAAAAGCGACGGCAGCGACUCGAACAGAUAGAGUUUCUUCAACGCCUACUCGAGCCUUUUAAGAACCCACAGCAGGAUAUCCAGCCAAAUCUUGUUACUCGAGAUGGGGAGUUGGUCCAGGAAUUAGAAAAGAUGCGUAUGCUUGUGGCGCGAGUUGGAGGCCGGAUUGCACAGCAUAAAGGAGUGAGCAGCGUUCAGGUGGACCAAGAAUACUUGCUUCCAGGAUCUGACCAGCGACUGGAAGCGUUAUUAGGCACGGAAACAUGA